AUGUUUUCCUUCGUUGUUCAGAAACCUCAACUUCCGCUAUGGUUGGACUUUGGCCUUUCAAUAUGGUCAAUGCUUUCUGGCAGCAGUAAAGAGACCCAAGACUGCGUGCACUCACCCCAGAGCAGACACUGCUGGCGUGAUGGGUUCGAUAUCAACACCGAUUAUGAGGCUAAGAUACCGUCAGGGAAGCUCGUGGAGUACGAUUUCACCGUUUCGGAAGCAGUCCUUGCUCCAGACGGAUACUUGACGAAUGUCACCCUGGUAAAUGGGAUGUUUCCCGGCCCAACCCUGGAAGCCGAAUGGGGAGAUACUAUCAGGAUAACGAUCCACAACAAUCUCACAAACCACAACGGCACAUCCAUACAUUGGCAUGGGAUUCGCCAAUUCGAGACCAACUGGCUCGAUGGUGUUCCUGGAGUAACUCAAUGCCCGUCAAAGCCUGGAGACUCGCAAGUUGUUGAAUUCCGAGCAAUGCAAUACGGGACCGCAUGGUAUCAUUCCCACUACAGCCUACAGUACACAAACGGUGUUCUCGGACCUAUUCACAUCAAGGGACCCUCAAGUAUGAACUACGACGUGGAUCUUGGUCCACUGUUGAUCAGUGAUUGGUACCACCACGACGCCUUCGGUCUAUUCCAUUACGAGAUCGCUUCGCCGCAUGCGCCGCUUCCCGUCACAACUAUCUUGAAUGGUAAAGGAGUCUUUGACUGCGAUCCAGCCAGCGAUGCUCGCUGUACGGGAGAGCACCAACGACACGAGAUAGUGUUCGAAAAGGGAAAAAGAUACAAGAUUGGGCUCAUCAACACCGGCAGCCUGCUGACAUACAAGUUUUGGAUCGAUGGCCACAAUUUCACGGUCGUACAGACGGAUUUCGUCCCGAUCAAGCCAUAUGUCACAGAUGUGCUGAUCGUUGGGAUAGCUCAACGAUACGAGAUCAUCAUCGAAGCGAACGCCACUUUCAUAUAUGGUUCCAACUUUUGGAUCCACGCAACAUACUGUGACGACGAUGACAUGUUGGACUCGAGGGUUGGCAUAAUCCGCUACGACGGCAGCGAUGAUCAUGAUCCGCACACGCCGCCCAAGAGUGAGCAACACCCCGGAUACGGCUGUCGGGAUCCGGCUCCAGAAAACCUUGUCCCAAUUGUCGAGAGGGAGGUAGGAAAGAGAGUGAACGGGCUCAGUCCUGCCGACUACCUCAGAAUCGGCCUGCAGGGCUGGCCCAACAUCUCGGAUACAGAUUCACUCGUACACAAAUGGACACUCACCAAUAGAACCCAGUACAUCGAUUGGAGAGAACCAACGAUCAAAGCUCUCACUUCGGACGCUGGAGCUCAGUUUGAGAAUGAGACAUGCCCGAUAUACCUGGACUACGAGACUGGCGAAUGGGUGUACUUUGUCAUCGAGAACAACUACACGCUGAGCGACGCCAACACGCCUCGCACCAUCCCUCGCUCGGUCCACCCCAUCCACCUACACGGGCAUGACUUUGUCAUCCUCGCUCAGGGUGAUGGCAUAUUCGACCCCAUUGACGUGGUGCCGAACCUUCACAACCCAACCAGAAGGGAUGUCGUCAAUUGUCCGAUUGGCGGCUACGUGUGGAUCGCAUUCCAGAUCAACAAUCCUGGAGCGUGGCUGAUGCAUUGCCAUAUCGCGUGGCAUGCCAGUGCUGGCCUCUCAUUGCAGUUUAUUGAGCAACCUGGCCGGAUCAAGGGGUUGAUGGAACAGGCAGGAGCCUUGCCUGAGCUUACUGAUAGGUGCGAAGAUUGGACUGAACACUACAAUACUGUAAACAUACCAAAGGGGGCGUUGCAGGAUGAUUCAGGCAUUUAA